GUUGUCGCAACAUGCACUUAAUAUACGACGUUUACUGGUGUUGUCAAUCGGGAUUGUGAGCGCUUCGAGCUGAGCUCAAAGACUGAGAAUCAGUUCAAGUACCUCAAUUGUGUAUCCGGUCUUCAGGCGUCUCAAGAUACAGACGUCAGAGCCCGGCUGCUUCAUAAAACAGGAUGUUGAAAUGACGUUGCAGAGACUCAGCCUAAAGCACCACACGGCUAUGAUUGGCCAGCCACCUGUUACUUCAAGCAACUGUGUACACGCAACCAACUCCAGUGUCCCAAAGGAAUCUGACAUCAAGCCCGGUCAGAAACAAGCAAGCCUUUCACAAGUUGCUGGAGCUGCUUUAGUGGCAGUUCGCAGCUCUACGGGCUCCGAUGCAACGCUGCUCAGUGAACGAACGUGGAAACGAAUUCGUAAGCCGCAUUUGAAACCGAACAAACAUUAGCCAUGUAAUUCUUCUGGUGAUAAAGCGAAGUCCGAUCGCCGUUCAAUAAAACAGAAAAACCUAUUGACAGUGUUCUCACUUGAGGGUAUUGCUGUGAAUGUUUAAACGCAAUGACCCGGGUCUUUAACCCAGCCACCCGUCCACUCCUCUUUUAUGUCCGCUAAACUUGACCUCUGGGAUCAGGGUAUAUACAAACGUUAGAGGUUUGUGAAUUUUAGCGUCUCAGGCUUAUAGGAAAGUUUGCUAUGUGCAGAUGUUCACUGAUGAGAUCUGGAAACUUUUUCAUGACUAUCAAUCCCAGUGACGACGUUCGCAAUGGUCUUGAUAUCUAAUACGCGGAGUCGAUGCCGAAAUGAGCAAUCACAUAUUUCCGCUCUGUAUUCGCCCCGUAGAAUAACUUCAAAUAUGGGUGAUUGCGCCCUAGAAUGACACGAAACAGCUCGGUUUUCAUGUGGUCUGUGAAUUCGUUCACUGGAGCGAUUUGUCUUGAUAUGGCAGUUGAUCGCCGCUCCCGGUCGCGGGCAUCCGCAUCAUUUCUGGCGGCGACAUAUCCUCAGGAACUAGUUUUCGGAUGAGAAAACCAGCUAAAUUCGUUAACCCAAUAUCUCUAGUCACUCGUUAGCAAAUGAGUGUCAAGUGUUUGAUCAUUUCAUCGUUUUAGUUCUGCGUAUGGAAACUAUACCCGUUUUCACGUGCCAUUUACUCUAAUUCUCUCGCACUUUGUUUCUUCUGACUAACUGUAUAUAGCGCAUAUUGAGCUGGAUAAUACUUCGACAGGUUCGUGAUGAUGGUAAGUUGUUUUUAACUCUUGCACUUCGGAUCAAACUUUCCAAAGCUUCAUCAAUCUGACUCAGAAGAUAUUGUGGAAGAACGGGUGAUUAACGAGGAAUACAAGAUAUGGAAAAGAAAUGCGCCGUUCUUGUACGAUAUGCUCAUGUCUCACUGUUUAGAAUGGCCGAGCCUAACCGCUCAGUGGCUACCCAAUGUCAAACUGUAGGCCCGUGUUCUAUUUUCCUAACCUAUUUCACUGCCUUCAGAACAGAUCAAGAUGUAUCUCUUCAUCGUCUCAUUCUUGGGACGCACACUUCAGACGAGCAAAACCAUUUACUCAUUGUGACGGUUCACUUGCCGAAUGACCAGGCUCAGUUUGAUGCAAGCGCUUAUGAUAGUGAACGUGGAGAGUACGGUGGUUUCUACUUUGCGCACGGGAAACUUGAAAUUACAAUGAAAAUCAACCAUGAGGGUGAGGUCAAUCGAGCUCGGUAUAUGCCGCAAAACCCGGACAUUAUUGCCACAAAGACCCCCAGUGGGGAUGUGUUGAUAUUCGAGUAUCCGAGGCACCCAUCUAAAACGUCACCAGAACAUGGAUGCCAACCGGAUUUGCGGCUAAAGGGUCACCAGAAAGAGGGUUACGGACUUUCAUGGAACGCUUCUAUGCACGGCCACCUACUCUCAGCUUCCGAUGACCAAACAAUCUGUUUGUGGGAUAUAAACGCCUCUCCAUUAGAUGGUCGCUGCCUUGAAGCCAUGGCCAUAUUCACUGGACACCAUUCGGUUGUCGAGGACGUAGCGUGGCAUCUGUUUCACGGCCACAUUUUCGGGUCUGUUGCGGAUGACAACAAGUUGAUGAUUUGGGACACGCGUACUGCGAACCGGAACAAACCGGAACACCAAGUUGAUGCUCACACUGCGGAGGUGAACUGCCUUGCAUUCAAUCCCUUUUCAGAAUUCAUCAUUGCUACUGGCAGUGCGGAUAAGACAGUCGCACUGUGGGACCUCCGUAACCUCAGGCUCAAGUUACACUCUUUUGAAUCACAUCGAGAUGAAAUCUUUCAGGUCCAGUGGUCACCGCACAAUGAGACCAUACUGGCCAGUUCGGGAACGGACCGGCGUUUGCAUGUGUGGGACCUAAGCAAAAUCGGAGUCGAUCAGACCGCUGAAGAUGCUGAGGAUGGCCCUCCGGAAUUGUUGUUUAUUCACGCCGGUCACACAGCCAAGAUUUCCGACUUCUCAUGGAACGCCAACGAUCCGUGGACCAUUUGCUCAGUAUCCGAGGAUAACAUCUUGCAGAUAUGGCAAAUGGCCGAAAAUAUCUACAACGAUGAUGAGAUUGAGAUGGGUAAUAUCGGGAUGGACCCACAUUCCUAGCGAUCUGCAUCCGCAUACUUUGUCAUGUUUGUUACUUUCCCCACUCUUGGUCUGCAUUUGAAUACUCCCU